CAUUGCGUUGUAAUCAUCUGUGCACAUAUCAAACACUCAGUGACUCAACCAUUAAAUCAGUUAAUUCAUCCAUCCAUCCAUCCGAUGGUGUGAGUAGCAGUUAAAAAUCACAGCAAUGACCCUUGAGCUCUUCUACUUUAGUCAUCUUGAUGUUAUUCAAAAACAAAGACUUUUGCAUGGACAUUGAAAGAUACAUGUAUUCAGUUACUCUCCAACAUGCAAAAAACAAACAACUGCAACACUGCAUACUGUAAAGCCAAUUAAACGAUCUCAAACGGCUAUUUUUCGUCAUCCAUAAUAAACAUUUUAAUGAUAAGACUCUACUAAAGUUUUUAGUAAGAUGUGCGCAUAGCUUAUCCGUGUGAUGGCGCAUCAAUAACAGCCGUGCCACGGGCACUAUGACCCAGCAAACGGUCUGGCCCUUCACGGAGACAUCAGUUGAUGUCACAGACUGUAUAAAAAGCUGCACUUUGAGACUCAGCUCGUCAGUCACCCUCUGCAAGGGUCCAAGGAGGCGCGCGUCUGGAAAACUUUUCACCUUCCAUGCGGAUUAUGUCCCUCACGCGUUGGAACGGCAGCACAUCAUCGCUGUGCAUUGUCACGAUGAAGAGUGGGCAACUUAUUUCCCCGCGAGGAGUGGAUUACAAGUGAAAAGAACGAUUCGCGCCAUGGCGUUACGGAGGCGACUUUUUAACCCUUGAAGUGUGAGACGGUGGACAGAAUAUGAGCCAAGAGUGACCGGAGAAGUGAUGGAGGGCGCCGGUCAAGUGGAGCCCACCCAGCUGCCGGUGAACACCUCCAACAUCAGCCAGCCAGAGGACGCGUCCGAGGCGGAGUGGAGCGCGCACAGUCUCGCCUAUCAGAUCAGCCUGGCGUCGCUCCUUUCCGCCAUCACGCUGGCCACCAGCCUGUCCAACGCCUUCGUCAUCGCCACCAUUUCCCAGUCCAAGAAGCUCCAGACGCCCGCCAACUUCCUCAUCGCCUCGCUGGCCGUCACCGACCUGCUGGUGUCCAUCCUCGUCAUGCCCGUGUGCGUCCUCUACACGGUCAUCCACGAGUGGACACUAGGCCAGGUGGUGUGCGACGUGUGGCUGUCGUCAGACAUCACCUGCUGCACGGCGUCCAUCCUCCACCUGUGCGUCAUCGCCCUGGACCGUUACUGGGCCAUCACGGAUGCGGUGGAGUACUCCAAAAAGCGCACGCCGGGGCGCGCGGCCGGCAUGGUGGCCACCGCCUGGGUGAUCGCCAUCUCCAUCUCGCUGCCGCCGCUCUUCUGGAGGCAGGUCAAGGCGGACGAGUUGACAAGCUGCAGUGUCAACACGGACCACAUCUUCUACACUAUUUACUCCACUUUCGGCGCUUUUUACAUUCCCACCCUGCUGCUCAUCGUCCUCUACGGGCGCAUUUACGUGGAGGCGCGCAAACGCAUCCUCAAGCAAUCCCCCAAGAAAAAGAAAAAGGCGGCGGGCAAGAGGCUCACCUCGGCGUACUUGGUAACGGGCUCCCCGGGCUCCAACGCCUCCACCAGCCCCUUGCAAGGCGGCAGGCACGAUGCGCCGUCCAGCGACACCAACUCGUCCACCAGCGAUAACCAGGUGAAGGUGACUCUGUCGGACGCGGCUCUGGAGAAAAAACGCAUUUCGGCGGCUAGAGAGAGGAAGGCCACCAAGACGCUCGGCAUCAUUCUGGGCGCGUACAUCGUGUGCUGGUUGCCUUUCUUCAUCUACACGCUGGUGGUGGCGACAUGCGACGCCUGCGUCGUCCCCGAGCUCUUUGACUUCUUCACCUGGUUAGGCUACCUGAACUCGCUCAUCAACCCCAUCAUUUACACCAUGUCCAAUGAGGACUUCAAGAAAGCUUUCCACAAACUUGUGCGCUUCAAAUGCUGCAGAGGGUGAUCCUUUUGAAUGAUUUUUCAUUAUUACGAAUGUGAAUACGCAGAUGCCAUAAAUUGCAGUCCAAAGCCAUGGUGUGUGGAUGUGUGUGUGUGUAUGGGGGGUGGGGGGGGUUGAUCCACGGAUUACUUUAUUGCGUUGAGUAUGACAUUAAUGGGGUAACGUACAGGGGAAAAUAGAUUAUUUAAUCAUCAUGCAAAAUGUGAAAUAAAAUCUAUGUACAUUCAUUGCAGGGUGACUUGUCAUCUAAAAAAAAUAGACCCCAAAACAUGCACAAUCUAAUUGAUCUGUAUAAAAAAAAUGCCUUAACAAAGACAAUGCUCACUUGUGUUAGAUCGAAUUGAAAAUGUGUAUAUUAUUUAAUGUAAUUUAUUUUUGUCCAUAAUAUAUUUAUUUGAUUUUUUUUAAAGAAUGUUUGAUGUAUUAUUUAUUUAUUUUGGCCUGUCUAAUCCCAUAAAGGAAAAAAUCUAUUUCCACUCUAUAUGAAAUAAUAAUUGCAUAUCACUGAGGAAUGCAAUUCAAAUAUUAGGAACACAUCCACAACCACCAAUAAUGCACAUUUGAGUCCAAAGAGUUGUCUCUUAUUUUUUUAUUUUAAAUUAUGAGUGUCCCUCCACUAUUAGGAAGGUAAAUCAGGCGUUAGAAAUGUUUAAGAAAUAAAACCUCAAAGGAACUGUUGAUCACAUUUGACCCCUAAAUGUUCAAAAUACAAAAUAAUAAACAUUUGUUGGACCGUCUUUCAAACUUCAUUGUCAUUGAAUUGGUCCACUGGGGAGGAGGUUCUCCACCCAUGUAUUUGAUAGUGCGGUGUAUCCUCAUCGUAAACCUGUCUCAAACUUUGCACAAUUGUGAAUCAGAUAUGUGUAUGUGUGCAUAUUUUCAGAUCACUUUUGAUAUCAUGCUUCUAAUGUCUUCAAAUGUCACACGGAUAAGCUGUGUGGGCUGCUAUCGUGUGUGUCUGCAGUGUGAUGUUUGACCUCCACAAACAUACACACACACACACGAGGUUUCAUCUCUUUCCUCUCAGAGAUGCCGUGCAAUAAAGACAAGUAUUUCAAGAA